AUGGGUAGAAACAAGGUCAAUGUACCUCUCAUUGAGUUUUUAAAAAACAGGAUUUAUUUAGGUGCUUAUGACUAUACGCCGCCCGAUACUAAGGACCUUGUUUAUUUCACCGUUGAGGACGCGUUGCCGUAUAAUUCUUUCCACUUGGAUUUCGGUCCUUUGAAUAUCAGCAAUUUGUAUCGGUUUGCUGUGGUGCUCCACAACAUCUUAAACGAGGACGAAAACCAGGGCAAAGGUGUCGUUUUUUAUAGCUCAACUUGUCCCAAACAGCGAGCUAAUGCUGCAUGUUUGUUAUGUUGUUAUAUGAUUUUGGUCCAAUCAUGGGCUCCGCAUCAAGUAUUGCAGCCUAUUGCGCAGUGUAACCCUCCUUUUGCUAGUUUUAGAGAUGCCGGGUACUCUAAUGCCGAUUACGAAAUAACUAUUCAGGAUAUUGUAUACGGAAUGUGGAGGGCCAAGGAAAGAGGAAUGGUUAACUUGACAACUUUUAAUCUUGAGGAGUAUGAGCAAUACGAAAGAGUUGACCAGGGUGACUUCAACGUCAUCUCCAAAGAUUUUAUUGCAUUUGCUUCGCCAAUACAAACAAAACGAAGCUCAACAUUGAAUGAACCUUUCAAGAAGGUUUUAAACUAUUUUAUCGAAAAUAACGUUCAGUUGGUUGUAAGGUUGAAUUCGCAUCUCUAUGAUGCCAAGGAGUUUACAAAAAGGAAAAUCAAACACAUAGAUAUGAUCUUUGAUGAUGGAACGUGUCCAAGCUUGGAGUAUGUGCAGAAAUUUAUUGGUGCAGCCGAGUGUAUCAUAAAUAAAGGUGGUAAGAUUGCCGUGCAUUGUAAAGCAGGACUAGGUCGUACUGGGUGUUUAAUUGGAGCUCACUUAAUCUACACACAUGGAUUCACUGCUAACGAGUGCAUUGCAUACAUGAGAAUGAUCAGACCCGGUAUGGUUGUUGGCCCCCAGCAGCAUUGGCUAUACCUUCACCAAAAUUACUUUAGAGAUUGGAGACACACUAUGGUCUUGGACAAUAGGCCCGAUGAGUUUAUAGGAAACUUGUAUCCGUUGUGUUCGUAUGAGGAUUACAAACAGCGUAUGAGAGAAGCCAGGCGUUUAGCACAAAAAGAGAAGAUGCUUGCACAAUCACAACUGCAACUGCAACUGCAACCGCAAUCGCAACCACUAUCCCAGUGUAAUUCUUCCUUUGUUGCAGACUCGUCUUUUUCCACAACUCCAAUCAGGAGGCGCAAAAUCAGCGGAGCUCUUGCAUCUAAAAUUCAAACAGCUGUACCGAUGGAGUCUCCAGGCCAGCCAAGGAAAUUCAUCGAGGAGCCCGAUGAAGAUGAAGAAGAAGAGAGAGGAGAAAGAGAAAGAGAGAGAGAAAGAGAGAGAGAAAGAAUAGAGGUAAAAUUAGAAGAGGAGCAUGAGGAAAACCCGAGUGUGGAAAUGGCAAAUAAUUCCGAUGAUGAAAAUAUUAUGCAAGGAAUUGUAACUAGUUCACCUGGAAGAUACGAUAACAUCACACCUCAGAGGAAAAGUUCCGAUUGGCGAGUACUACGCUCGAUUUCAGCAAAUUCGGCCCAACAACAGGUGUUGACAAAAACUACUACAACAACCACAACAACGCGAACGACUAGCACGACCUUGUCGUCGUCGUCUCCAGGGCCAUCGCCAACAAAUAUGAAUACAGGACUAAGGAUAACAAAAGCAAGGUCAACAAAACCUCGAAUAACCCUGGGCACAUAUUCGCCACACCAAAAUCAUAGAGUUCAAUCAGGAGGAGUUAGGAAAUUAAGUGGCAAAAAGAUAUAA